AUGUGCUGUCUAAAUAAAUACUUCACCUAUGAAGAAGCUUUUUGGGGACAUUUUAGUCACGUGUGGCUAAGUCAAACAGAGCAAUGACACUUACCAAAGUCCAACUUUAGUUUUACUGAACGACUGCAAAAAUGUUGGUGAGUGAAGGUGUCGAGCUGGGAACGCCUCCAUCAGGACUGGAGGAAGAGUUUCACACACUAUUCAGCACUGAUGCAGUAACAUUUCUGUCUGAACUCAUCUCUACCUUCCAGCCAGAAGUUGACAAGGUCUUAAAAUUGAGGGUCCUACGUAAAGUUCAACUGGAUCUGACUGGCGAGCUGCCAGAUUUUCUGAAGGACACAGCUCACAUCCGGAACGAUCCCAGCUGGAGAGUAAAUCCUGUCCCACACAGAUUACACUGCAGACAUGUGGACAUCGGUGACCUUUCACCCUGUGAUACGCAACGCUUCAUACAAGGUCUCAAAUCCACCGCACAGGGGUUACAGGUGGAUUUUGAUGAUGGCAACUGCCCAACAUACUACAAUCAAAUUAAAGGCAUUUAUAAUGUUUACCUUGCUGUGCACAACCAGUUUCAGAAUGUGCCACCCAUUGCUCGGGCUCCAGUGCUGAUGCUCCGCCCUCGUGCAUGGAACAUGGUGGAGCACAAUAUGAUGGUUAAUGGUCGAGAAGUUCCAGGUCCGUUGUUUGACUUUGGUCUGCUGAUGUUUCAUAAUGCAAAGCUGCUUCUUCAGAAUCAGAGUGGUCCUUUUUUCUAUUUAUCUAAGGUUGAAAGCUACAUGGAAGCUAGAUUGUGGAGUCAGAUUUUUUUCUGGACUGAGAAAAAGCUUGGCCUGCCAGCAUGUUGCAUAAAAGCCACAGUGCUUAUCGAGUGUGUCCUGGCUUCUUUUGAAAUGGAGGAGAUUUUGUAUGAGCUCAAGGAGCACUCGGCUGGUUUAAACUGUGGCAUCUGGGACUACUCGGCAUCCUUUGUGAACAAAUUUGGCCAUCGGGCUGAUUUCCUCCUUCCUGACCGCAGUAAGUAUGUGGAUAUGGAGAAGCGUUUCCUGCACAGCUAUAUGGAUCUGCUGGUGCAGACGUGCCACCGCAGGGGUGCCCUCGCAACAGGUGGCAUGGCAGCAUUGUUGUUGCCUAGAGACAAAGAGAGUGACCUCUAUAGGAAUGUGCUCCAUACUGUCACCAGACUUAAAUUGCUAGAGAUCAAAGCAGGAGUUGAUGGGUUCAUGGUCUACGACAUGGAUCUAAUUGAACCCAUGCAAAAACUGUUCCAGGUUCACUCUUCGGGUCAGAACCAGCUCCUGCAGCUGCGUGAUGACAUCACUGUGACACCUGAGGAUCUGCUCAUUAUGCCUGCGGGUGGAGUAACAUUAUAUGGAUUGAAAUAUAACAUUGCUGUGGGAGUCCUCUUCAUUGAAGCCUGGCUUUCAGGCAAAGGCCAUUUCUUUUAUCUGGGAAAGGUUGAAGAUUCAGCAACGGCUGAGAUAUCCAGGUCUCAGGUGUGGCAGUGGAUCCGGCAUCAGGUGAGACUGGAAGAUAAUGGCAUGCUUGUGACAAGAGCUCUAGUCCACAGCUUGGCUAAAGAUCUGAUGGGAGAUCUGAAAACAGCCAUACAUUGCCAAACAAGCAGAGAUGAACAGAGGUUGAUGACUGCUGUGUCCAUGUUUCUAGAAAUAGUGCAGAAAAAUGAUUUCCCAGAAUUCAUCACCACGUACCUUAAUCUGGAUCACACUUUUCUUAGCUCUCAGAUCCAACAUGAGAAGAUGGAUACCACACCUAAAGCCAGACUUUAACUAGCAUUUAUCUAAAUUUACUUACAAAAAAAUAAUUAAAAUAGUACAUCAGUCUCCAGUCAAUAAUGUGCAAAACAUGCAUUUUGUUUUGCAAAUGUUAAAUAACAAUUUGCAAACCACUAACUCUCCAAUCUAAAUAUUACCAUGAUUAUUAUGAAGUAUAUAAUAUAAUCCUUUUGGUAACACUUUACAAUAAGGUUCAUUAGUUAACAUUAGUUAUGUAUUAACUAACUUGAACAAACCAUGAGCAAUACAUUUGUUACAGUAUUUAUUCAUCUUUGUUAAUGUUAGUUAAUAAAAAUGUAAGCUUUAAUUGUUUGUUCAUGUUAGUUUAGAGUGCAUUAACUAAUGUUAACAAGAUUUUAAUAAAGUAUUAGUAAUUGUUGAAAUCAAGAUUAAUAAACGCUGUAUAAGUGCAGUUCAUUAUUAUUUCAUGUUAACUAAUGUAGCUAACUAAUGUUAACUAAUGAACCUUAUUGUGAAGUGUUACCAUCCUUUUUUACCUAUAGCACACAAAUCAUUUAAAAUUUUAGAUUUCAAAAUCAU